AUGGCAAAGUCUAGGCUAACUUCCGAAAGUCAUUCGAUCACCACUCUUCAAGGCUCCACUCACUCCACUCUUUGCUACUGCCUUCCCUCUGAGACGCCAGCUCACUCCUGCAGCUUCCAGCACUCCUGCAGCCUCCAGCUCACUCCUGCAGCUUCCAGCACUCCUGCACCGCUUCCAGCUCACUCCUGCAGUUUCCAGCACUCCUACCGCUUCCAGCUCACUCCUGCAGCUUCCAGCACUCCUGCAGUCUCCAGCUCACCCCUGCGGCGCUCUACUGACGUCCCGCUACCUAUUCCAGCACCCGCUGAUGAUCUAAUCCAGUGCCCACUGACGUCCAGCGCCUUUAAACGUCCGGACACCGCUCCCAACAAACGACCUCUUCGUAGAGGCGGUGGCGGCAGCAGCCGACGGGCUCUCGGUAGAGACUAUUUUACUACUGCUGACAUUGUCGAAUUACAACAGGCUAUGAAAAUGUUACUGGUGAGUUGUCGGUGUCUGAAUGUGCAGAUCCGAGUCAAAGGAGAUGUACUUGAAGAGAAUUACGCAGAUUGCCCAAAGGAAUUGCCUUCCUCAAAGUUUGACUGUCUACCUGAAAGUGCUCUGGAAGGACCCAUUUCUUUGAGUCACACUUUCUUUCUUCAUAAAAAGAUUGUCAAAGAUUGGACAGUUUUUCACUGUCGGAAUUGUGGCAUAGUUACCCAUGCAGUCCGAAAUGAACAAACAGGAGAUAACCAAAAAAUUUUAGUUGGCAAAGAAAUGGAGAAAGAUGCAACUGUUUUGGAACGUUUGAGGCGGUCAACUGCUUUCUCACCAGCCUUUCAAAUUGUACUCAACACAGAUGUACCAUUCACAGGCACUAUGCCUGCUCCACAGUAUUUUGAAUCUCUGCAAAAUCAACUGAGCACAUUGCAAACACAGAUGGAUACGUACAUGAUGGAGGAAGAAAAUGAAAUGGAAGAACGAAUUAGAAAAUAUGAAACCCAACAAAAAGCAAUGUUUGAAGAAGUUCAAGAACGUGCAAAAGAAGACAAGAAAAAGUUAAUUACUAUGCUUCUAUCAGUGAUGGAUGCAAUAAAUGCUGAAAAAGAAGUUGAAGUAGAUAAAAGCGAGAAUAGUUGUGCAUCGGGUUAUCAAAGUUCUGAGUUACCGUCCACACCUAGUGAAAUUAAGAAUGAUUUUCAUUCUAAAUCAGAAUCAACUGGUUCUGAGAAACAAUUAUUAGCCACUACUUCAGGAGAAUUUGACUUGGAGUCAGAUGGAAUGUUUUACAUGAGUGGUGAUGACAGGGGAGACGACUCUGAACCUUUCUAUUUCUCCGAUGACGAUGAUUUUGCCCUUGAUUCCUCCACAGAGGUGGCAUUUCCUUCAUAUCCACCUAAAAAUACCCAAAAGAACUUGAACAAAGAAAUGAUGAUAUCUUCUUCAGUGCCAGUCAAUGUUCCCAGAAUCAAUCAAGCUAUGUUUAAUUCUUCUGCAGCAGAAAAAGAUGACUUUAGCCCCCCACCUCAUGACCCCCAAGAAAUGGCUGCUAGCAUGAGAGCUUUAGCAGAAAGUCUUCGGAAAGAUGAAGGAUUUAUUUUUGGGGACCUACCUCGACCACGACUCAACACUGGUGAUAUAAGUAUAACUCGCCCUUCACGUCUGUUGUAG